AUGGGGCUCAGUGACCAGGAAUGGCAGCAAGUCCUGACAGUCUGGGGAAAGGUGGAGUCCGACCUCGCUGGCCAUGGCCAUCAAAUUUUAAUGAGACUCUUUCAGGACCAUCCUGAGACCCUCGAUCGCUUUGAAAAGUUCAAAGGCCUGAAGACCCCUGAUGCGAUGAAGGGCUCUGAAGAUCUGAAGAAACAUGGAGUUACUGUUCUUACCCAACUGGGCAAAAUCCUGAAGGCAAAGGGUAAUCAUGAGGCCGAGUUGAAGCCCCUGGCUCAGACCCAUGCAACCAAGCACAAAAUCCCUGUCAAAUAUUUGGAGUUCAUUUCUGAAGUCAUUAUCAAGGUCCUUGCCGAAAAACAUGCUGCAGACUUUGGGGCUGAUGCCCAGGCUGCAAUGAAGAAGGCUCUGGAGCUGUUCCGAAAUGAUAUGGCCAGCAAGUACAAGGAGUUCGGUUUCCAGGGUUAGCACAUACGCACA